AUGACCUCCUUUGGCGCGACGACGACGACGGCGGACAACAGAGACAAAGAACGCCUUACCGGUGGUAAUAAUGAGAACAACAAUAAAUCUACCCUGUUUGGGGGUAAAGUCGCCAUCGUUGCGGCCACGGCGUGCGCCACCUUAGCGUUGGCCCCGUUUUGCUAUUUGCAAGGCGCUCGGUCCGCCAUCGCUGCGUCGAACAACGCGAACAUCCUCCUCCCUCUGAAGGCGGAAAAUGAUGGACGACUGACGAGUAGUAGUUUUAGUAGUAGUAGUAGUAGGAGUCACGAGCAGCGACGAGCCACUGAUUAUGGCAUCGAGAGAGAGUCGAAACUGGGAGAAAAGUCGUCAAAAUCCGUCGAUGUGAAGAGGAACAACAACAACAACAAAAUCAAUAACAACAAAAGAGCCGCGACGACAUCGUUCGCGAAGAAGUUUGUGGAAGCGUACGAACACGAGAAAGUCGAACAGCGACGAAGGCGGAGCAGCAGCGAAAGUGCUUCUUCUUCUUCUUCUUCUUCCAGCUCGAGUAAGAGUAACUUGAUCUCCGCGCUCGGCUCGUCGAAAUCGAAAGUUCCCAUCUACGUGAUUGCGUUGGAAGACCGACCGGAGGAGUUUGAGAAGUACGAGGCAAUUCGAACGGUGUUUCCAACCGCAGAGCCGACGCAUGGGAUCGAUCCUUUGCAAUGGCCGAACAGAAUUGAAGAUGCGCAAUACGCGGUCAAAGGACUGAGAAGUUACAUGCAAACGCACAAAAGCGAUCCGGCGCUCGUGGAUUUCUUAAAAGUUCGCCAAGAACCGUUCGUUCCCUCGGGUUUGUCCUACGGAAAGGAGGAUGAUAUUUCGCCCGGGGUUAACUGGAUCGAUCAGUUUGACAACUUUCGAGAGCAUCCGUGGUUGAUGGCGAUCGAUCACAGAGAAAGCGACGGGAAGUUGACCGAGGAAGAAGUCGGGAGAGCGCAUCACAUCGGGUGUUUGUUCGCGCACUUGUACCAGUGGCAAUUGAUGCUCGACCGAGGCGAAAAGAAGGCUUUAAUUUUCGAAUCUGACGCGCCGAGAAUCAUGGAGGCGAUACCAUUUUGGGCGAGCGAACAAGUAGCGGAACACGCGCCGGUGGAUACGGACAUUUUGCUCAUCCGAGCGCAGCACGUCGGGGAAAAACCGCCGGGGCCGUUGGCGACGACGUUUAUCGCGACCAACCCGAACGAUUCGAGCGAAAAGCAAACUAUUAACAUUCAUAAGUAUAAAUCCGCCGGCGCUGGUGCUGGAUUAGAAGCCUACGUCGUCUCGUCAAACUUUGCUAAAAAGGCGCAAGCGUAUUUGGCCAGACACGGAGCGGAUAUGAUUGACGGGUACAUCAUCAAGUUGUGCCAGAGCUCAUAUAAACACGCGAUUUACGAGCGGGCGUAUUACUCGAUGUAUCACGAGGAUAUGUUCUUAGAACCGUACGACGCGGCGCACCCAAAACCGACCGUGUUCAACUGCUACGUCGCGAGUACGCCGGAUAAAGCGGAUUGA